AUGCGGGGCUUAGUCCCACUGCUCGCGGCCUGCGCCGCCAUGCUCGUCUCAGUGGUCUACUGCGUCCUUCCGCCCACCCUUCUCCCUCUGGAGAGGGCCUUUCCUUUGACUCGCCGGGUCGAGCUCGACCGCCUCAGAGCACGGGACCGAGCCAGGCACGCCAGAUUCUUGCGAGGCGCGGUCAGCGGCGUUGUCGACUUCUCCGUCCAAGGCUCCUCCGAUCCCUUCUUUUUCGGGCUUUAUUUCACAAAAGUUAAAUUUGGCUCUCCUCCAAGAGAAUUCAAUGUACAGAUUGAUACUGGAAGUGACAUCUUGUGGGUUACCUGUAAUUCCUGCAGUGAUUGCCCCCAAUCUAGUGGACUUGGAGUUCAGCUCAAUUUUUUCGAUGCUGCCAGUUCAUCAACUGCUGCGGUGGUCCCCUGCUCAGAUCCAAUGUGCACUUCUGCAUUGCAAACUGCGGCAACUCAAUGCUCUCCUCAGAGUAAUCAGUGUAGUUACUCGUUUCAAUAUGGAGAUGGAAGUGGAACAUCA